ACGGAUUAUUGAUAAAAUAAUUUAUUGAAUGCAUUAGUUAAUUUUUCCAACUUAGUUUGGAAUCAAGCUAACAAUUUUUUUAUAUUGCCUAUACUAAAACUUUUACGGCGACUUUUAUUAUAUAUUAAUUUUAAAAAAUGAGCUUAUCGAAAAUAACUGAUAAGGCGCUAGUCGUGCUUCCUCCAGCACCUGGAAGGUUUACAUUGAUUGAAUGGUACCUCAAUAACAGAGAACGAUGUAGGACCGUUUUAGAUCAACAACAGUUAUCUGAUAAGAUUCUUGCAGAGAGCGAUAGACUUAGUGAACAAGUGACUGAGUUGUGUGGUCUUCAAAAAAAGGACGUCGAGAGCAAGUUGAAAGAGAAGAUUUUGGAUAUUGAAUUCAUAAAAAAAGAAAUUGAAGUACAAAGGAGGGAAGUUUGCAUCGAAGUAGAUAAUUUAGAAACCUAUCUCGAAAGGAUUAACGACGCUAUGAAUUCAUUAAGAGAAAAGUGCUUGAAAAUUUGUAGAAAGUGCGUUAUCCUGCGUGAACAUCGUCUUGGAAUUGAGUUGUGUCAUGACGAUGUCGAGAGAGAACUCCUGAAGGAAGUGGACGUGAUAACGGGCGCUCAAAAGCUUCUACAACGCGUUGCCGAAGAAGCGAGCGAACAAGUUCGUAGACUACGAUCCACGAUUUACUUCAUGGACCGCGAUUUAGAAAAUAAGGAGAACGUUUUGAAAAUAGACCAGCGAAACUUAAUUUUGGCCGAAACCGACCUCAGUUUGAGCAUGUACCAUGGGUUUACACCAUUGGAUCCGGCGAACAUAACGUACGAAGAAUGGGAAGAGUUCACCGUGAGGAACAUAGAAAAUGCUGGAAAGGAAUUGACCAGUGCCAGACAAAUGAGAUCGUACGUGGACACCCUUCUUAAGCAGGUGAUUGAAGACCUUUGGAAUCAGUACAAUAUUGUAAACGACUCAUUUCGAAGGAGGAUCGAGGAGACCAAGGAGGCCAAAACAAAAAUGGAGAUACAACACUCUGAGGUUGUUCGACAAGCAAAUGAGAUGACCAGGAAUAUCCAUAGACUUCAGAAAGAUCUGGCUGAGAAGGAGGGUUUUAUGGCCUUGGCCCAUACCAGGUUGGGAAACAGGGCCCAGAGACCUGGUAUGGAACUGUGUCGCGAUAUGGCAGGGGUCUUUUUGGAAAGUUCGAUCAGAGACUUGAGAGAGUUCAUGGUAGGGGUGCAAUCGCAAUUGGCAGAGGCUCAAGCAUGUCUUCGAUAUCUUUUAAAAACCCAAAUCCAAUUGGAAGAAGAUAUAAAUAUCAAAACGAAUACACUGAAGAUAGACGAAGUCGAAUGCAUGACUAUGCGACAAGGAAUGGACUACCAUUCAUUUUGAACAACAGAGGUGGACAAGUAUUCUAAGUUUUUUUAUAAAAAUUUUGUUGUUUUCUGUUUAUUUUUAUGUUUAAAUGAAUAAAAUAAGGCACCUUAA